AUGAUCAGCUCGGUGUGUGUUUCGUCUUAUCGCGGACGCAAGUCAGGCAACAAACCUCCCUCUAAAACAUGUCUGAAGGAAGAGAUGGCCAGGGGAGAAGACUCGGACAAAAUAAUCAUCAACGUCGGUGGCACGCGUCAUGAGACCUACAAAAGCACCCUUAGGACCUUACCGGGCACCCGCCUGGCCUGGUUGGCCGACCCAGACAACCAAGUAAAUCCAGACACGGACACGGGACAAAUAUCUACUAACGAAUUCUUUUUCGACCGACAUCCGGGCAUAUUCGCCUAUGUUUUAAACUACUACAGAACUGGCAAGCUUCAUUGUCCAGCAGAUGUAUGUGGCCCUCUAUUUGAGGAAGAGCUGGCAUUUUGGGGUAUAGAUGAAACCGACGUUGAGCCCUGUUGCUGGAUGACAUAUCGUCAGCACAGGGACGCAGAAGAAGCGCUCGAUAUCUUCGAACCACCGGAUCCAGAAGACACUGAUGAUGACCGCGAACUACCGCGACGCUUCGGCAUCGAAGAUGGCCCUGACCGGUCCAGGGGCUGCUUCGAAGUUUGGCAACCAAAGAUAUGGGCACUCUUUGAGGAUCCAUAUUCUUCGCGUGCUGCGAGGAUUAUUGCCUUCGUUUCCCUCUUCUUCAUUCUGGUGUCCAUCACCAACUUCUGCCUGGAGACACACGAGGCCUUCAAUGAACUCUGCAACCGUACUGAUGUGGUUACCGAGGGCAACACCACCAAGUACGUGUCCACUCUGGAGGUGGUGACCAAACCUGUGCUCACCUUGGUGGAAGGUGUCUGUGUGGUGUGGUUCACCUUUGAGUUCCUGGUGCGUAUCAUCUGCUGCCCAGACAAGCUGGUCUUCAUCCGGAACCUCCUGAACAUCAUUGACUUUGUGGCCAUUCUGCCCUUCUACCUGGAGUUGAGCUUGAGUGGUCUCUCUUCCAAGGCAGCCACAGAUGUGCUUGGCUUCCUGCGCGUUGUCCGUUUUGUCCGGAUCCUGAGGAUCUUCAAGCUGACCAGGCACUUUGUGGGGCUUCGCGUGCUUGGGCACACCUUACGGGCGAGCGUCAAUGAGUUCUGCCUCCUUAUCAUCUUCCUGGCCCUGGGUGUGCUCAUCUUCGCUACCAUGAUCUACUAUGCUGAACGCAUUGGCGCUGACCCAGCUGAUCCCCGCGGCAGUAACCACACCCACUUCAAGAACAUUCCCAUAAGCUUUUGGUGGGCAGUGGUCACCAUGACAACUCUCGGCUAUGGGGACAUGUACCCGCAGACGUGGCUUGGCAUGAUGGUGGGAGCCCUUUGCGCUUUGGCAGGGGUACUUACGAUCGCCAUGCCUGUGCCUGUCAUUGUGAACAAUUUUGGGAUGUACUACUCCCUGGCCAUGGCCAAGCAGAAGCUACCAAAAAAGAAGAAGAAACACAAUCCCAACCCAGAGAUGGCCAUGGGCUCAGCCUCAUAUGGGAAGUCAGAGAGCAGCUCGCCACGAGAUAGCACACAGAGUGACACAUGUCCCCUUGCAGUUGAGGAGAACAUUGGAAGGAACCGCUCAGAUUCAAAGCAGAACGGAGACGCUAACGUGGCCCUGUCGGAUGAGGACGGCUGCAGCCUGACUCAACCGCUCUCCCCCAGUGACAAGUGGUCCCUGCGCCGUACACGCAACCGGGACAAGAGCAUGAACGAGGCCACGUGCUUCCUGCUGACAUCUGGAGACUUUUCCUGCUCUGCUGACCCUACUGUUUGCUCAAAUAAAGAGAACUGUAAAGAUGCCCUAACAGCCACUGGCUUUGCCCAAGCAGAAGUCACCACUCUGACUUGA